UUGAGGACAGCGAGGCGAAUGAGUGAGACACAACGCUUGGGAUUAACUAGAGGCACUUCAACAAGCAGCAUCUCACAACCGGACCUAUUCGAAGAAGAGAGGGGAAAUAAAUCACUCAUAAUAGAACAUCGUUUGGGAAAAUAACCAGAAGAACCAAAAUAUUCUUGAAGGUCCUGGGAUCUCUGGUGUGAAGAUCUUGCUGCAUUUUUAAACAGUACAUUUGUUAUAAUUAAUAUCAACAGCGUUACUGUAUUAAAGCGAUUUCAGCAUGUCAUCAUCGUCACAACAAGCGUCUCAAAGAAUGCGGCGCAAUGGCUCGCCGACUUCGAACCGCCUGCAGCCCAUCAGGGCCACCGUGCCGUUCCAGCUGAGACAAGGCAAUAACAGCCCGACCCGCUGCUCCUCCUCCUGCAACGGCACUACCAGCACCAACUCACCGGCAACAGCCGCGGUUCACUCUGCAUCAACAGCAACUGCAACCACCUCGACCUCAACAGCCACAUCUACUACCCCCAACGGACAGAAACUUUCCCCGACCUCCUCGCCCACCUCUUCAUUCUGGGUUCCGGCUCCAAUUGUUGCCGCUGACGGACGGAUGAGACAUAGACGGUCUUCUGACAGUAGGAGCCCACCUGAAAGAAGGAGCCCUAGCUCUCCUGUUUAUAAAGUCGAAAGAUCCAAAUCUCAACAGAUGAGAACUUCCAGUACAAUCCGGCGCACCUCCUCUCUCGAUACCAUAACAGGACCUUAUCUCACAGGACAGUGGCCACGUGAUCCCCAUAUACACUACCCAUCAUCUAUGAAGGACAAAUCUACACAGACACCCAGUUAUUGGUCAGAUGAAGGACCAGAAAAGAAAAGCACACAUCAGCGCUCUGCUUCAUGGGGAAGUGCUGAUCAGCUAAAAGAGCAGAUUGCCAAGUUAAGGCAGCAGCUCCAACGCAGUAAGCAAAGCAAUCGGCACAACAAGGAGAAGGACCGCCAGUCUCCGCUUCAUGGUAAUCAUACAGCUAUCAAUCAGUCUCAGGCCUCUGCUACAAGGUUUAUCCCUGGUCCGGCAUUAAACAUUACCCUUUCAAAAUCCGCAAUUUCACGGGUCCAGAACAGUGUUGAAGGCAUAAAUCAAGAAAUAGAACGAAUGUUUAUUAAAGACAGUGGUGAAAGGGAAGAACCCUCAAGGCCCCUGGAGAUUCCUGAUGGCCACCGAGCACCCUUCCCUUCCCACUACCGCAGCAGCAGUACUCGCAGUAUUGACACACAGACGCCCUCUGUCCAAGAGCGCAGUAGUAGCUGCAGCAGCCACUCACCAUGUGUCUCCCCUUUCUACCCCACUGGAUCUCAGGAGGGAAGCCCAUGCUCAGCAGAAGACCUUCAGUAUGAGAGGGACAAAGACAGUAGGAGUAACUCUCCACUCCCCAAGUAUGCUUCAUCACCCAAACCAAACAACAGUUACAUGUUCAAACGAGAACCACCAGAGGGAUGUGAAAAGGUGAAGGUCUUUGAGGAAAUGACGUCUCGUCCUCCCACCUCUGUCCCUUUGUUUUCUUGUCCUGACAGAAACAAAGUGAACUUCAUUCCCAAAGGAUCAGCCUUCUUUCCUGUGAGCAUCGUGAGCCGAGCUCUGUUUUCCACCUCUGACCUGUUACUCAAGAGCUCGUCAGUCUCUGGCCUCAAUCCUAGCGUAGCAUCCAGCACUGUGACGGCAGAGCUGUUUCCAUCUCAGGUCUCAUUCUCACCUUUGAUAGAAGACACCAGCACAAGGGACUCUGAGGCCUUAGUUCAGCAGCCAUCGCAUCAACAGCAGCAGCCCCAUGAUUCUCAAAAUGAAGAACUUUCCUCAGCUCAGAACUUUGUAAUAAUCUAGCCCUUGCACCUCCCACUGCUGCCCCUCCACAGGGUGGAGCAGGCCUCUGCUCUUAGCUGGGGAUACCCUAUAUAUCUGCAUGGAGUAGCACCUGCAUUCUGAACAAAGGUCCUUAGAAUUUUAGCAUAUCUUACACUGUUCUUGGCAGGGAUAGAUUUCCUUAUUUAGGAAAUUUGAGAAGCAGUGAUGCUUGCAAAACAUAUGCUUUCAUAAGUGUUUUAAGUGCAGACUAUGCAUUACAUGGUAAGUUUGGAUGGAUUAGUACUGUUGUUCUGUGUUCUGUUCCAUCUCCUACAAUAACAAAAAAAGCUCUAUAUAUUUAAAAAAAAUGCCUGUCUAAAAGAUAGAAAAUAGAUGUUGUGUUGUGUUAUGUCCAAUGGAUAAAAAAUAUUGUUUACAAACAAUCCAGGUUGUUUAAGUUUAUAAAUUUCUGUAAUACAUACAAUGCAAAAAAGCAAAAUGGCCACAACAGUUGCACAGUGCCCACCCUAUGGCCUAGCUUCAGGUACUUCAGUUGAAGUUUAAACUCAGGUAAUUUGGAAUGUAUAUCCACAUAGGAUUUUAACGAAUUUGUGGCUGAACAAGCUAAGGGGGAAUUUGGGGUAAGCAUCACUCUCUUGCCUUUACGUUUUAUACAUUAACCUUUCCUCAUUACAUUCCACUUUCUUUAACUAAAAGUGCAUUCUGAUCCGGGGAAGACCUGGACGAGGGUGAAUAUUAAAUAACCAGCAUUACUGUGAUGUUUGACAUCACUUGUUUUCAUGGAUGUUCAGCCAAAAUUUACAUAAACCAUUGCUUUGAAAUGCAUCAAGGCUUUUUGACAUUUCAGAAAUGAAGACAAAGUGUUUCAGGUGUUGAAGACUGUUAAACUGUUAAAAAUACAGUAGUGUUGAAUA